UCCGUCAAACUUACAAUCCACCCACAAAACUUUCCCUCUCACCGCCUUUCGCGCGUCUCUCUCUCUCCAAAAAAAAAACACCAAUCUCUCUCUCUCGUGCCCUUUUUGGUAAAAAUGCUUCCAAAAUAUUCCACUCUCCUAACUCAACUAGUAGUGGCGUAGACCUCGAUCCAUCUUAAAAGCCGCACCCAAUUCACCAUUAUUCGUGAUCUCCUUUUCUCAUUACACAAACAACUUGUCCAAAACCAAAACCCUUUUUUCUUUUACUCAUAAACAAUCAAGAAUGGGCAUCAAAAUUCUCAAUCUCUCUAUGAUGGUGAAUCCGUGGCACUGUUUUAACAUGUUGAGUAAACUCCAACGCCACCACCGCCGCCACCGCGGCCAAUCCGCCGUGAUCAAAUUGGUGAGGUGGGACGGCGAAGUUAUGAUCUACGACAAGCCGGUCCAUGCCUCCGAGCUCAUGCUAGAGUUUCCCAAACACAUGGUUUGCCGCUCCGAUUCCUUCUUCAUCGGCCAGAAGAUCCCUCCUCUCAGAGACCACGACCAGCUUCAGCUCGGCCGCAACUACUUUCUCUUGCCGACCCAUCUCUUCCAUUCCGUACUCUCUUUCGUCACCAUAGCCUCAUUGACUUCUUCCAAUUCUAAUUCCAACUCUCAACUGUGUCAUUCCUCGUCUAAAGCUGCAUUUGUAAAGAAGGCUGGUGCAGUCAGUUGCCGGCCGUUUGAUGUUAUGAAAACUCCGACGGGUUGUCUCGGAAUACGGGUGUGUGAGGAGUUUUUGUGGCAGUUGUUGACGGAGCAAGCGAAGAUCAAAGAAGAAGUGGAGGAAGACGAUAUUUUGAACAGUAAUUGUAAAUUGUGCACUACGUCUCAGUUGCAGAAAGAUUAUAUGCAGCUCGUUGAAUCUCGCAAGUGUUGGAAGCCCAAGCUGAACACGAUAAGAGAGUCGUCUCAUGACAAGAGGAGGAAACUGGCUUCGUUUGGAAUGAUCAAGAGAACCAGAAAGUUUUCUAAACCUAGAUUAUCGAAUCAAAAGAAUCGGAGAUCUGAGACCUGUCCUUUCAAAUCAAAAAUUAAGAAUCAUUAGUUAAUUCCACAUGUAUUAUACAUAUAUAUAGUUUUGUAAUAUUUGAGUUAGCCUUUUAAUUUCGUUUCUUGUUCUUGGUUUCUCACAUCUGUACUUUGUAGAACAAGUUUAUAUAAUAUAACAGUGAAUUUGUGUUAAUUAAUUGUUGAUGCUGCCAAUUC